AUGGCUGCGACUUGCUUUAAUGGUUCGUGGACCAAGAAUGCUUUGAAAAUUGUUGUUUCCAGCUAUGACGUUGGCCAACGACCUAGUCAAGAGAAGCUCGAGACGUACGGCAACAUGGACAAAGCCCUCGAAGCCAUCUUCAAGACAAAGGAAGAUAUUAGCCGCUUCGUGCAGUGGGUGGACUCAAAGUUCCCAGCAGAAUCCGGUGUGUGCUACAUCACAGACGAGAGCUUGAAUUCUAGUGGAGGAGUCUAUCUCCGACCAUUCCAUCUUGUCUUCAACCCAUCAGCUGGAGUGAAGGGAUUUGCAGAAACUGACGUGAUCACCCAACUUUGCCAGCUGAUCUUAUGUCACGGGUUCCGCACGGAUGCCAACGAAGGUGGAGUUGAGAAGUUGAGCAUAUGUGCUAUGCCAAUGGCCUUUGGUUGCCAACCUGUUUUCCGCAUGAGUUCAGAAGAGCUCUUUCCAGAAACACCUACGAUGGUAGCUCCUAUGAACGUGUUCAUGGUGAAAGGGUGGACACGAUCGUAUUGCGCAGUGGUUUGUAUGGUAGCAGCAUACCAACUCCCAGAGCUAGCAGCAGCUCUGCCAAAAGAUGUGCAGAAGUCGCUUUGCACCAUCCAUGGUGCGGUUUCUAUGCUUCCCACGGACGACCCUUCAAUGAUAUUGCUCAAGAACCGAGGCAUAACAAUGUCCAGCGCGGUAAGACGCCGUCCCAACUGUUUCAACCUGUUAUUUCAGUUGCAGCUGAGCAAGCGCAUGCACAGAGAGGACGUUGCUGGACUUGAGGCGUGGUCCAGCGCCUCAGAGCUGGCGGAGGCUUACCAGUUAGGGAAAAUGGAAUCGGGGGCAGCAGUACAGCUGAUGCAAAAUGUGGACACGGAGGUUGUUGAGAUUUUGAGUGAGCAUGUAAAGAAGUGGAGUAUGGGGCGCUUUCUGACACAUGACCCCAUUUGUCAGGGCCUUUUCAACCGUGACUACACUGCAGGAGUCGGUGUUCUGCUUCCCUGGGCUUCCGAGUUGACCAAUACCCCUCAGAGUUUGAAGCUCAUGUGCCAGAGAAUGGAGGCAGACUACUCCCAAACCCGACCAAAGCUGAGAAAAACCUGGACCUUCAACACAGUUGAACAGUUGCAGAAGCAAUGUACGGCCUUUUGUGCCUGCAUGAAAGCUUUUCGAUCCCGCUUCCCAGAGAGCUUUGCGAUCGCAGAAGAGGAGACACUUAUCAAAUCGUUUCUUGCCCGCCACGCAGACGCGGAGAUAGACCUGUUGGUGGAGCAGACGGUCCCUCCGGUGGACAUUGCUCGGAUUGGAAUAUUUAGGGUUCCAAUGGCAAAACAUGCGGAGAAGGUGGAAAAGGACAAGGUUGAGGCUGCCGACAAGGCUGCAGAGAUGGUGGCCUCGGCAACUCUGCAAGACAGGGAGACAAAACUGCAGGGUGAUUUGGACGCCAUGGCCAAGUUCAUUGAAGACGCCAAAACCUUUGCCAACAAGCAGGGAGCCAUGGAUAUCAAGUAUCUCCAAGAGCGGUACCAGAAAGGCAAAGUCUUUGUGACAGAUUUCAUGAACAAGGCACAUAGGUGUCCAGGCCUUCCACUAUCACAAGCCCACGCGGACCUUCUUCAGCACCAAAGAGAUGCAGAGAGAAACGACAGGUUGACCAUCAUGGUGCUGGAUGCGUCACUUUGGCCACGGCGCCCUUUGCAUUUGGACGAGGCAAUAGAGGUUGCGAAAACAAUCAGCAACGGCGAUGCGGCCGCUGUGUUGUUUGUAUUGCUUCCCCUCGCCCACGGUUCGACUGACAAAGAGACGGUGAUGAAGAACAAACGAAUCCUAGAGGAUAAGGUGCUGUCGGUCCUAGAGUUUCAGGAGGUGACACUCACGUUCAGCGAUUCCCAGCACGCGGGCGACAGACGUCGUCGCAGUCAGAGUUGCCUUUUGGCGGUGAGCCCAAUACACAAGAACUUUGCGUUCAUCAAGAGCAAAGCCUAUUUGGGCACCAUUGGCCCUGUCGCAAGGGCGAGAGUCAUGGAUUUAUGGACUGACGACGACGCCCGUGUGUGUUCCCCUCCUGGUCGGGCGCAGCAGCGAGGAGCAGAGGCAACAAAGCAAGUGCUGCAGGGUUUGGUCGAUGGGCUGGAGCGAGACCACGCCAACGCUUCGGUGUAUGUUGUCGACCUCAUGCCAUCACGGUAUGGGGAAUGGAGCCGCGCCGUUUGGUCCAUGCAGCUUGAGAAGCUCAAGGGCACGGCCCAGAGCGACUUUGACUGGCACUUUGUGGGUUACAUGACCCCAGAGGAUGGCGGCAGCGACGACUGGACGUCAUACAUUGGAAGCCAGAUUCAUCAGGACUAUUGGGACACAUGUGAUGACGCUGGACCGCCCACUCGCCCUCAAGCUGCCUUUACUGGAACACCGCCGACCAUGGAGCUCUGCACGAUUGGAGAGAACAAUGCGGUUGUGUUGCCGGAUGCUAUGCUUGCUGGCCUUGCGAGCAGUGGCGAAUCACUCUUGGCCAAGGUGAAGGCGUUCAACCACUCGCAUGACACUGCCAUCCUUACCAAUUUCCGCUCGCCAAGUUCAACGCCACAGACCCCAUCUCGGCCGGGACGGGGUGUGGCCCGCACCAUGGCGCAGCCAGUGUUUGACUCACCCAACGCUCCGAUGAAUCUAUCGCAGAUGGGAGUCCCGGUUCAGCUUUUGCCACUGGAGGACUUCCACAGUACCAUUGAGUUGGUGUCUCAUUGCGGUCAUCCUGUCCACAACCAGCUGCGCGUGUGCAUCGCCAAAGACCUCACCAUCUGGCUGUUGAAUGAGGGUGAUGCCCCUUUGGAAGUGGAGAGUGGAGAACUCUUCGGGUACAACAUUGGUUCUUUCACAGAGAAGGGCAUAGGAGUGGCCCGAACCAGUGUGAGAGAUGCCAUACCAUUCAUUGUGGAGGCAGACCAUACCAUGAUGGCAUUUGUUGACAGCGACGGCAAGAAGACAGGAAGGCAACGUCAAGCCGUUCCGCUACACAGUGGCGCCCAAGGCCAAGGUCAAUGUUUUUGA